AUGCUGCUCCCGCGGCUCUCUUCUCUGCUGUGUCUUGCUGGCCUGGCGACUAUGCCAGUGGCCAAUGCUUACGACGGCGACGAGAACAUCAAGAGCAUCCCACCAUACCUGGAUUCAGACUUCCAAAGCCGCUGGUUCGAUUUUGGUGGUGACACGAUAAUCCGCGCAGACAAAUACAUCCGUCUUACGGCCGAUCGACCCUCGCAGCAGGGCUGGAUCUUCUCCCGUGUUCCCCUUACUGCGACAAACUGGGAGAUCGAGGUCGAAUUCAAGAUUCAUGGAAAUGGUAAUCUGCACGGCGAUGGCUUUGCCAUGUGGCUCACCAAGCAGCGCGCCACGCAAGGUCCCGUCUUUGGAUCAACGGAUAACUUCGAGGGUCUCGGUAUCUUUUUCGACACAUACAAGAACAACCGUCCCGGCACCUCGUUCCCUUACGUCAUGGCUAUGAUGGGCGACGGACAGACCAGCUACGACCAGGCGCACGACGGCAAGGCCAAUGAAUUGGCUGGUUGUUCCGCCCGUGGUCUGCGUGGCGCUUCGAUCCCCACCAAGGCUCGUUUAACGUACUUCCAGGACAAAUCAUUGACUCUAGACUUGCAGUACAAGUCUGAGGACAGCUGGACCAACUGCUUCACCCUGACCGCACCCGAGACCAACAUUGCUAUCCCGUCCGUCGCGUACCUGGGCUUCUCUGGCGAGACCGGUGAACUGAGCGAUAACCAUGACAUUGUCUCAGUGAAAUCGCAGAACCUUUACAGUGUUGGACCUUCCAGUCGAUCUAGCCGUGGACCAAGCGCCGACAGCGGCCGCGUCAAGAAGACCAAGAAAAGAAAGGGAAGCUGGAGCGGGUUCCUGUUCAAGACCGUUCUGUUCUUUGUUGCUGUUGCAGGCUGCUACGUCGGGUUUACCAUGUACCGGAACAAGCAGAGAUACUCGAGGUUCUAA